UUGAGUCAAGACCGAGAGAUGGAGGGGGGGAACGUGGACCUAGAUCCAGACUGGACCGAGAGGGAAUUCCAGCAGCUGGUCAAAGCCAUAGGAGGCAGGGAGAGUAUUUUCCUGAUUGGGGAGGUGUGCGAGAGCAGGGACCUAAUGUUUCAGUUCGUGAAUAACUUGUUUCCAUGUUCAGGGAAACUUUGCAAUAAACUGUCAGAGGCGGAUAGCAGUCAGCACACGAUAGAGACGCAGUGGAAGAAAUCUGAGCCCGAUAAGGAGCGAGAAUUGGAGAGUUUAUUGGAAUCUUCCAGCAAGGUGACCCACAUGGUUAAUGUGAGUAAGGAGCACAGGAGGAUCAAAGCCCGGCUUAUUCUCUUUCUCUUCCAUCAAGAUUUCAUCUGUAACAAACAGAACGAUCUCGUGAUCCGAGAGCUCUUGAAGGAUGUCCGGCAGAGGUCCAGCUCCUGGGAUGACUUACCCGCUCUCAUUGGGGUGGUCCACGCUGAAGCUGUUACCGGGGAGCUGAGUGUUGCCGUUCGCCUGAUCGACUAUUACCUGCGGACAGUUUUUCAUCGGCAUCCCGGUGAAUGUGUGCAGGCUCUACCUUUCAUAGCCAGCCAGCCAGAUUCUAUGUUACAGCUGAAAAAGACCACCUGUGUUGUCCUUCGAGCUGUUUCGAGCAUCACAGCAGAUACAAGGAAGAGACAAGGGAUAUGUUUUCCCAGAAUUCACUGUUUGUUCAGGAAUACCAGAAGGCGUAUAGAGGACAGACAAGUUAAUAACAUUCGGAAUUGUAUCGAACAAGAAGGAACAUCCAAGAAGUCUGCUUCACAACAAUUGACAGUGGAUCCAUCCACCGUUAGUGGCAGUAAAAAAGACCUGCAGAUUGACUCUAGCAGAAAUAAUGGACUGAAUAUGGAAACAGAAGUUUAAAUGAUUUUUAUGAACUGUGAUUUUCUAUGUUAACAUGUUUAUUAAGGAGAACCAUGACCUGCUGAGAAAAACAAAUUAAAUGAUUUUCCAGAUAUGACAUUUUCUGAUUUUUUUUCAGCACAUUGAUUGUGGAGAAUUGUCAGUCUAGUUUAUCCAAACAAAUACUUAAUUCAGACUAAUCUAAAAUAUUGUUUAGUAGCUCUCACAUUCGAUUUAAUCUAUGAUCAACAGGUGUGUGCAUUUUGGUUUUAGGUUUGUCUUUCACUUAAAUGAAUUUACCAGCUGUAAAUAUUGGAGCUAUGAUGAGGAGAGAAAUCUUCAUGGAAGACCUCUGCCAGAAGAAGAGAAAUAUGCAAAAUUGAUAAGGCUUGUCUGAAAAUAUUUAAAAAUCUCUUUUUAAACUUUUUUUAAAAAACCUAAUAUACCUGAAUGAACAUCUAUCGAGUAAGCUGAUAGUUUCAUUAUCAAUGAAACUCAUAAUAGUAACAUUUUAAAUAUUUUAAAAGACUACCGAUUUAACGCCUAUCAGUAGGCUUUUCCUACAAUCUGCCACUGAAGCUUUUGAAUUUAAUCCAUAUGUUCUGAUUUGUUUGCUCACCAAAGAAAUGGAACAUUGUUUUAUGUAACUUCAGAGGACUUUUUUUAGGAGCAGAUGAUUGCUUAUUUUUAAGAUGACAAAUUUAAUCAAACUUGUAAUUUCAGAGGAAACACUGCUCAGAUUUGCUGUCCCCAACAGUAUUAGCUUAAGUCUCUCGAUUUCUAGUCCAGUGACAUUACAACUACAUCACUGUUUUCCCAAAAGUCACAUUCAUGGAUUUGUAGCUAAGACUUCCAUGUCUUCCUUUGACUCUUUUCUAUGGCUUUGUAUCUAGGUAUGCCAAUUAGAAUUAUCAACUUAGAAUUGAUUUUUUUUAUACAACUGUGUAUCACAACACUUUUCUUGGAAUUCAAGAGUUUCAGGGUCUAUUCGUGGUUUAGUCAGAGGCUGUUGCCAUUGGCUUUGUAUGAAUAUCUUGCACAUUCUUUUCAAGCUUUCCUUUAAUCCGCCAAUCAAACCAUUGAGUCUUGCUAUAAGACAGACUACAGAACUGAUCACAUUGAACCUAACUUAGUUAUAAAACGGUUUAUGAACGCAAUUUUAUAAACUAAUUAUUUGGAAAUUAUUAAUUGAAAGAAUCUACCUACAAAUAAACUUGCUGCUUUUCAAUUCAUCUAUAUUCUAUUGACAGUAUUCAUGUUUUAUAUUGAAUUUCUAGAUAGCAUGGUGCCAUCAUUUGCUUAACCUACAGACACCAUAAAAAUAUUAAUGUUUUUGUAUUGUUUAUAUAUGGAACAAAAGACCAGUGAUUUUAGAUAUGAUUGUUAUAAACUGUGUCUUGAAAAUCAUAUCUUUAUUUUCUCAAUGGUGCUGAAGAAAUUUAAGAAGGAAGAGCCUCAGGACUGAAGAUGUUGUAUUGUGAAGAUACCCACAUAGAUUAUUAAGUAAGAUGGAUGGAAUGCCAGCAUAAAGUUGUUAGGGUUGAAACACAGACUUUUCAUCACAACAGUGGAUAAUAUAAAACAAGACUAUUGCACUACGAGAUAUGCUAUAUUGCUAUAUAGCACAUAGCAAAGGAUUUUGCACAAUGGAGCAAUGUCGCUGGGAAAGCAGUGAUGAUGUCAAAGUCAUGAAAUCCUCAGCUAUGUUUCAACAACUGGAUGGUCAUAAUACAUCAAUCACAGAUGCAGACAAUUAAAAAAAGGUAUCAAAUAGUUUACAAUAUUUGACACAAGUUUCUCUUUGCUGGCAUAACUCGGUACGUCACUCUCAAUUUCUCGCAAGGUGUUCUCUCUAAGAAUUGUUUCAGACAUGAGGCUUGCAUUCU